AUGCCACUUUUUGGCUGGAUGAAAUGGCCAAAAUACGAAUCCUACAGACCCAAGCACUAUCCUGACUCAGAUGUGGUGGCAAAGACUCUGCUUCGGGAACUAAAAUGGCAUCUAAAGGAGAGAGAGAGAUUAACACAAGAGAUCGAAAACGAGCAGAGAGUGAGGAAAACAGGUGGGGAUUACACCUGGCUGAGAAACUACCAGAGUCCCCAGGCGGUCAUCCCAGCUACUGAGCAAAGACAACUGGAAGUCCUCUGCUCACAAGUUCAGCCGCACCAAGCUGCAACUGUGCUCAGCAGAUUUCGAGAAGUUUUAGCAGAAAAUGACGUACUGCCAUGGGAAAUCGUCUACAUCUUCAAGCAAGUUCUGAAAGACUUCUUAAGUAGCACUGACAGAGGCAGUCAGCGAGAGGGCCUGGAACAGUCACGGAGCACAGACUGUCCUGUUCCUUCUGCGAUCCCAGGUGAAAACGCCAGGAGUCCAGGCAAAGAGGAAAUACCCACUAUUUCCAGUUACGUGGACAGAAGCACAAGGAACCGGCUCCCAGCAUUCUCACACAGAGUAUGGAACCUCCCACAUUACUACCCGUCAAGUUAA